AUGGUCGCCAUCAAGAACCUCUUCAUCGCCACCCUCGUCUCCAGUGUUAUCGCUACACCACUCUUGAGCGGUCGCAACAUCCCAGACGUUGAUAUCGACUCAGUUGCUCCCAUCGAGACUCGGGGUGAAGCUGCCAAGAAUGUGAACGCUGCUGCCACUUACGGCAAUGGUGGAUCAUUUGGAAACGGAGGAGCAUACAAGAACGGAAACGGUGGCGGAUUCAACUCUGGCGGUGGAUUUAACUCUGGCAAUGGUGGCGGUAACUGCGACUACUCUGAGAAGAACAGACUCGAUCAAGAGAUUCGAAACAGAGAGCGCAUGAAGGAUCGUCUCGACGACGAGAUUCAGAGACGCCAGAACAUGAAGGACCAGCUUGACCAGGAGAUUCGCCGCAAGCAGAACGGCGGAUGGUAGAUGGGGCUAUGAGAUUUUUGGAUAACAUCAAGCAUUUUACUAGGUCGAGGCGUUGAGGGUGAGAACUUUAAGUGAGCGAGUUAGUUUCUUUUCCUGGGGGAGCUGGUUAAACAUGGUGUUUGGGGGAUAUCAAACUGGAGUCAAUCCUUACAGGCAGACU